AUGGAUCUACUUACAGCUUUCUUCUUCCUAAACCUUGGCAUCAUUCUCCUGCUCAGUAACCACAGUUCUCAAGCCGAUGCCUUGUGUAUUGCCAAUCUCAAGAUAGCAUUUCGGGUAAGGAACACAACGUUGUGGGAGAUUGCAGAAGCUGGGGUGUUUGGUAAAGCCUCUCCUUUGAAGAGAGUUUCUGGAGAGGUGGUGCCUCCAGAGGAACUGCACCAAAAUGCCUGCAGCUCAUUAACCAAUUUUGUUAAGCCAGUCGCCCCCAUCAGUUGGAUCGCUCUCAUUAUGAGGGGACAGUGUUCCUUCACAAAAAAAAUAAGUGUGGCUGCAGAAAAGGGAGCUGCUGGAGUAAUAAUUUAUAAUUCUCCUGGUACAGGCAAUAACAUGUUUCCAAUGUUUAACUAUGGGGCAGAAAAUAUUGUAGCAGUUAUGAUCGGUAACCUGAAAGGCACAGACCUGUUGCAUUUGAUUCAGAAUGGCAUCCAAAUCGAGGUAACGAUUGAAGUAGGAAAGCACCUUUACUCAGGGUUGAAUCGUUACAUGUGCUCCAUUUUUGUUUUUCUGGCAUUUUUUCUGGUAUAUUGCACAUAUCACUGCAUUGGGAAGCUGAGAAGCAUGAGGAAUCCAACUGAGAGAUGCCAGGGCAUACUUGAUAUCAAAACCACCAUUAAUCAGCUCGAACUUCGGACAUUGAAAGAAGAUGACAAUGAGGUUGCAUCGAACAGCGAGAGCUGUGCAGUGUGUUUGGAAACAUACAAGCCUAAAGAUGUGGUACGUGUUUUACGUUGCAGGCACCUAUUUCACAAAGUGUGUGUUGACCCCUGGCUUUUGAAGAACCAGACGUGCCCUGUGUGCAAAUGGAACAUGUUAGGAGGAGCAGAAAGUGUUAGAAAUGAAGCAGAGCCUUUGGGUACUGAAGAACCAAGUGAAGCUCCUUCCCAUGCCGAUUUUCCUAAUGAGCAGGUCAGCUGUGAACCAUAUACAAGAGAACCAAGCAGUGCCAGAUCCCAGUCUACACAGUAA